CUAGAAAUAAUUUCAGAGAUCGUGCAGAUCAACACGAGAAUCAAUCAGCUAACUUUUAAAAAGUGUAUUGUUGUUUUACUCUCAUUGAUGUUGUGAUUGUUCGGGCAAAAUAGAAAUUGAGAUUGAUAUCCGGAGGGUUCAGCGGAUUUAAUGCUGUUGAAUGACAUGAAUUGAGGACCCAGUGCUAAUAAUGCGUGCAACUAUGGAACAGACGUGCAGAUUAUGCACUACAAGAGGCACUGAUUAUACGCCAAUUUUCCGGAAAAAUGAUGAGGAUAUCGUGAGGAUGAUCAGGUGUUUACCGGUGCAAAUUCGUCCAGGUGAUGGUUUGCCGCAUCACAUAUGUCCAGGAUGUCUUGAUGCCUUAGAGGUCAGUUACAACCUCCACGUUCUCUGUCUAAAAGCGAACCUCGAGCUUCUAGAGAAAUCCUCAACCCUGAGGAUAGAAAAGUUGAAGCAAAUGGCAAGCCCUACGAGGAAAAAAAAUGAAUCGAGAGAGAGAAAGUCGACUGAGGAUGCCUCAGACUUUAGCAAGGAUCCCAUAAUAGUGGAGACUUAUCACUUCCCCGAGGCUGUGUACAAUGAUCUUCCUAGCUAUAAAGACUUCUCUGAGAUCUUCCUGAGGGUACCUGCAGUCAAGCUCGAACGAAUGGAUGACUGUGUCAGUUGGAGUAAUGGACAAGAUGUUAAUCAUAAUGUUCUUUCAAAUGCCCUUGUAGAGCACCAAUGCAAGCUAGAGCCCAUCGAUAUUGACGAGGCUGGCCCCUCUGGGUACCAGGAAAACGUCGAUGAACUCGAGGAUGAAAAUCAGUCUUCGAUAUUUAUAAAUCCGAGCGUUAAACCCUUCCGAGGACCAAAACGUACCUGUAAGAAAUGUGGCAGGACCACAUCCGUUUCAGAAUUUCGUCUUAUCAGAUAUAAGAAUAAAAGUCGAGCACGGGCACAACUCUGUAAUUCUUGCGAAGUGGAGAAAUCAAGAGAUAGCAAUCCCAAAUCUCCGGAGAUGAACAAUCAUCCAUGCAGGAGUAUUGAAAAUACCCAGGAAGUUGAAAGUGGCCAACAGCCUGACCUCCACCUGAGUUUCGAUGAUUUCAGAAAUCUCCAUGUGUCAAAUGAACAUUCAUACGCUCGUUUCGCCCGUUCAUGUGCCCUCAAAACUAUUUGGAAACAACAAUUGGCUAAGAUCAAUGCACCCCCCAGAGAAAAAAUACUACCCAAUCCAAAAUCCAUCAUUUCUUGUCUCAGCUGUGGGAAAAAAUAUUCGAGGUACUCUAAAUUGAAGUACCACAUAGCAAUUCAGCAUACACCCCCAGAGAGGUGGGAGCAUCACUGUGAUCUGUGUGGAGCAAGUUUUCCAAUCCGUAAUGACCUGAUAACGCACCAGGCAUCUGGUCAUGAUAGCGAACGGAACUUUAUGUGCGACUUGUGCCCCCUGAAGUUCGAGAACAGACGAAAACUAGGGCACCAUAAAGCCUUUCGUCAUGGGAUGCUGAGACGAGAGAGUUGAAAUGAACAAUUGGGUACUGAAAAUUGUUUUCGUGUUCGUGAACUGUUAAGAAAUAGAAUAUAAGUUGGACUUCUCAAUAGUUUCGUCGUAUGCACCGAUACUAAUAAUGUUAAUGGGGGAUUUUCGAGAGUAGUGCCUGGAAUGAUAAAUAAAUUUUAUAUUCUUCGGAGAGCUUCCCAUCGAUAUUCGAUGCCUUACGAGAAACUAUGCGAAAAUUAUUAUUAUUAUGCGUGAAAUAAAGCUUUAUGGAAAUAUUUUUCGUGAAUUUUUCGCGUAGUUUA